UCUACGUAUCCAGUUUGCAAUCUAUUCUUGACCUGGUUACCGAAUUACGAUUAUCGAGAUGACGAAGUUAGCAAUUCUGCUGGUUGUCGGAGUUAUCGCCAUGGUAUAUGGCGAUGAACCUGAACCUAUUGUGGGUGGCAACAUGGCAUCACAAGGACAAUUUCCACAUCAAAUCUCCCUUCGGGAAGACGACUAUCAUAUUUGUGGAGGAAGUAUUAUUAGCAGCACGCAUAUCCUCACUGCUGCUCAUUGCAUAACGUCCCCAAAUAUCGCGCCGCGCUUGACUGUUCGAACCGGAACAAACAACGUAAAAAGCGGUGGUCAAGUACACAAAGUCAAGUGCGUUCAAGUGCAUUCAGGGUUCGACAAGUAUUGCCUUGAGAACGAUAUCGCUUUGCUCACUUUGGCAUCUCCGAUCAGCUUCACCAGUCAACAAUCUGCAGUUCCUCUGGCAAGUAUGGAUUAUGCCAAUGGCCAAAAUCGUGCUAUGAUAAGCGGAUGGGGGCAGCUCGGUAAAUGGUCAAACAUGCCGACAAUGCUUCAAUAUGUCGAUGUGACGAUGUUGAGCCAUGAUGCAUGUCAAAAAGCGCAUCCAGACACUUCUUCUAAACAGAUAUGUACCUUUAACAGCUAUGGAAAAGGUGCCUGCAUGGGUGAUAGCGGCGGCCCUCUCAUUCACAACCGUGAACUUGUUGGUGUUGUCUCCUGGGGUAUCCCCUGUGCUAAAGGUGAACCUGAUGUAUUCACUAGUGUCGACUACUUUCGGGACUGGAUUAAGGAACAUCAACAGAAGUGCUAAUCAUUCGAAUAAUCACAGUCUAUCGGCGAUCUAUAUUUCAGACAUUAUUCAAAAUUUUCAGUUACAGGGUGUGAAACGCGUUACCAACAUUAUUAAUAUGUUCUAUAGAAAUGAUAUG